AUGUACUCUCCAAUGAACGAUGGGCUCUACGCUCCAUUUCCAAUGAGCCCAAUCGACCCAUCCUGCCCUCCCAUGGAGCAGUCCUACUCCACCACCAGCCAAACUCCAAACCAGCCCUCGCCUCUCUCUUUCAGCUUCACAGAUGUCUAUCCUUCAUCUGGAUCCGAGCUCGAGAUCCCGUUCUAUUCGCUCUAUGAUAUGUCGCCGCCGAGUCCACACAACUCUAACAUCCAAGAGCUGUACGCUCUCAACACAUCCUACAGUGUUCCGAUCCCAUCAUCAUCAUCAUCAUCAUCAUCCUACUCCUCGUCCUUUGAAUCGCAGUUCACCUUCACCCCGAACAUCGACGAUUCAAUGCUCACCUACAACCCCUUUGGCACCUCCGCUCCCUCAUCCGAGUCCUCCAAAUCUACCAAACCCUAUGGCUGCGAGGACUGCGGCAGAGCCUUCACCCGCUCCGCCGACCUGAGGCGCCACCAGACCAGCGCCCACAACCCCAUCUAUCAGGAUUGUCCCGUGGAGCACUGCUCGCGCAAGAAGCUGAACGGCUUCCCGCGGCGAGACCACUUGAUCGAGCAUCUGCGCUCGUAUCACCACUUGGACGUGCCGAAGCGUCGGAUGACCAAGCGCGCUCCGAGAAGUGCUGCAUGA